UUCUUAUCUGCCAAACGCGUUCCUUCCUUUCUCUUUAUGCCGUUCGAUCCAGAAAAACUUUGCCAUUUUAAAGACUUUUAAUUUUUUUGCUUGUAAAAAUGGUACAUUACGUGAAAAUGGAGGACGGCAAAGUAAUGCCUAUUCAGGACAUGCUGAAAAGCAUUGAACGCUACAAUCCAGAACAUCUGAAAGUAAUCGAAGCCUAUGUCGAGGAACAAGCUCGGGACAAUCAAUACGAUCUGGAAGCAAAUUUGGCUUGUCUUAAGCUGUACCAGUUCAACCCUCAGCUGAUGAACUUGGACGUCACUUAUGUGAUUCUGCUGAAAGCUUUGACGAACUUUCCCCAUACGGAUUUUGUCCUGUGCAAAUGUCUGUUGCUUCCGGCCCAAAUGAAUGACGAUACGGUCAAGGAAAUCAUCUACUUGGCGGAUAUUUUAGAGAAGUGCGAUUUCACCCUGUUUUGGUCCCGGGUGGCCAAGAACCCACCGUUCUUCAAGAAAAUCAGCGGAUUCUUUGAUUCGAUUCGGAAGUUUGUGUGUCACGUUGUGGGCAUCACUUUCCAGUCCAUCGAGAAGCAAUAUCUGGUGCGGCUGCUUGGAGACGUUGAUGAUAAUGUCCUCCGUGCAUGGGUGAAGAAGAACAACUGGAAAGAAGAUGGACAAUAUGUUACGGUGGCAGUACAGGAAGGCAACAUCAAGACAAAGCACAUUACGGAGAAGAUUGACUUCGAGAACCUUGGCCCGCUGAUGGCUAACUGUUUGUAGAGUUCAAAUCUGAUGGAUCUCUUUUGAAAGAGAUCGACUGCAUUCCUAGCAAGUAAAGGCAAAUCAAAUGAACUAUAAA